AUGUUCCAUGGAUUGCCAAGUGAAGACCCCAUUGACCACCUUGAUGAGUUUGAUAGGCUUUGUGAUUUGACAAAGAUCAAUGGUGUCUCUGAAGAUGCCAUCAAGCUGAGACUCUUUCCUAUGUCUCUAGCUGACAAAGCUCACCAAUGGGAGAAGAGCUUGCCCCAUGGCACAAUCACCACUUGGGAUGAAUGCAAGAAGGCCUUUCUUGCUAAGUUUUUCUCCACCGGUCGCACAGCCAAGCUUAGAGGAGAGAUAUCCAGCUUCAUCCAGCGAAACAAUGAGACAUUCGCAGAGGCUUGGGAGAGGUUCAAAGGCUACACAAGUCAGUGCCCACACCAUGGAUUCAACAAUGAAUCACUACUCUCCACUCUUUAUAGAGGAUGCUUGCCUAGGUAUAGGGAGAUGCUAGACACAGCUAGCAAUGGGAACUUCCUCAACCAGGAUGUAGAUGAUGGCUGGCAACUUGUGGAGAACAUAGCUAACUCAAAUGGAAGCUAUGGAGAAGAGUAUGAUCGCACCAACCGGAGCUCGACCCACCACUCGAUCGAGUCAGACGAAAAGUUGAGAAAAGAUGUUAAGGCAUUGAAUGAGAAGUUGGAUAAGCUGAUCCUAGCUCAGUCCACAAUGAAGAAAGUCAACUUUGUGUCUGCUGAGGAGAUGGAACCAGUCCAAGAAGGGGAGGAUACACAAUUUGCUGAGGUGUGCUACAUGAGCAAUGGGCAAGGAGGUUACAACAAAGGAUACUAUAAUUACAAGUCCAACCCUGCCAUGUCAUACCGCAACACUGAUGUUGCUAACCCUCAGGACCAAGUAUAUCCUCAACAACAAGCAGCUCGAUCGAGUCAAGGCUUUCCCCACCAACCACCCCAGCCUGCACCUUCACAAGAGAAUGAGCUCAAGGCAAUGCUAAAGCAACUACUUCAAGGGCAAGCUGAUGGGGUAGUGGACACAAGCAAGAAGCUAGCUGAAAUAAACUCAAGAUCGAGAAUCUCAACACAAGGGUUUACUCUCUGGAGAAUCAUGCUUCUUCUGUUGCUGCUGCUACAAAGCAAGGACAACUACCUGGUAAAGCUAUUCAGAACCCCAAGGAACAGUGCAAGGUCAUCUUCACUCAAGAAGGACUUGUUGAAGAAGAGGAUCAAGAAAGGGUCAUUGAAGAUUUUUGUUUACUGCUGA